AUGGAAAUGAAUCUUGACAAUGUUCGUGAAUGUUUUGAAGACAUCAGCGAUCAUAUUGAUGACGCAUUACCAUAUGGAAAUAUUACAGGUAUUAUAAUUUUGGGUGGACAUGGUAAUAAACAACGAUUUCAGGAUUUUCAACGAUAUAUUAAUCAGCUGAUUGAUGUUGAUAUUCAAUACAAUACAAUAAAAGCUGCUGAUUUAAAUAAAAAAACAAAUGUUUAUACAACAGUGGAAAAAAAAGAAAAGGUCAAUCAUUACCAACAAUUAUUCACCAACGUGAUAUGUAAUGAUGUGGGCUUCAACUUAGGAGCUUUACCAAAUAUGCCUGAAGAAAUUACUGGUGAAUCUUAUUCGGAUUUGAUUGUAGAUAAACAUAUUGGCAAUGGUGAACGUUUAGUUGUCAUUGUUCACCGAGUAAUAAACGUUGCUAUAUCAAAUGUACUUAUUGGUGUUCUGGCUGUUGGCAUAAAAACCAACAACCGAUGGUUUGCUAUUGAUUCAUCAUCAACUGAAUAUAAUGAAAGUAUGUUAAAAAUGUACGCUUUUUAG